CUCAAGUGUUGAUUGUAGUCCUCAGUCAAGCAAGAUGCUUCACAGGAAAUAAACAACUCCGUUGAGUUAACGAUGCGGAGACGGUAGUUAGGAAUCGUGUGCAUGAAAAUUGGAAAAGAACCAAAGUAAUCAUGUUAAAUGGCAGCGCCAUGGCGCGAGGUGAUGGAGACGAACGGGAAGCGCAGGAGCGAUUGUGCAAACCGAACACUACGCCCAGCCUUUCAUGCAGGUUCCUGAAACUCGAGCUGGAGCUCAACGCUCACCUCCGUGUGCUCAGCUUCGGAGAGCCCGUGCGGUAUGUGUACAACCCGCUGGAGUACGCGUGGGAGACGCACAGCUGCUAUGUGGAAAAGUACUGCCAGACGGGCCAGAGCUUCUUGUUUUUAGGAAUGAAUCCUGGACCGUUCGGCAUGGCCCAGACGGGGGUUCCCUUUGGCGAAGUGAAGUCAGUAGUUGAUUGGCUGAAGAUCACGGGGGCGGUCGGUCGCCCUGCCGACGAGCAUCCCAAGCGUCGCAUCAGCGGCCUGGCCUGCACUCAGAGCGAAGUGAGCGGCGCUCGCUUCUGGGGCUUCUUCAGAAAGUUGUGCGGCGAACCGGCGGGGUUCUUCCGCCACUGUUUCGUGCACAACCUUUGUCCACUCAUUUUCAUGAGCAGCAGCGGGAAGAACCUGACCCCGCCUGAGCUCAACGCUCGUGAGCGUGCAGAGCUCUUCCGCCUGUGUGACAUUGCCCUCUGCCAAGCCGUGGAGGCGCUGGGUGUCUCCAUGGUGAUCGGGGUGGGCAGGGUGGCAGAGCAGCGGGCGCGCCGCGCUCUUUCCGCAGCUGGUAUGGACGUGCGAGUGGAGGGCAUCAUGCAUCCUUCGCCCAGGAACCCUCUGGCUAAUAAGGGCUGGGAGAGUGUGGCCAAAGCAAAGCUGGCACAACUGGGCGUCCUCGCAUUGCUUAGUAACGACACAAGGCCAGAAUUAUCAAACACUCAGGAAACAUCAUAACAGAACAAUCCAUCCAUCAGUUUUCUUCGCUCCUUAUCCCCGUUAGGAUUCUGGGUGAGCAUGAGCGUAUCCCAGCUAAUUUUGGAUAUGAGACAGGGUACGCCCUGGUGGUGUCGCCGGCAACUGUAGACAACCGACCAUUCUCACUCACAGUCACACUUAUCAGUUCUGAAUUGUAAAUUAACCUCACGUGCAAUGUUUUGGAAUGGAGGAGGAAGACGGAGUAUCAAGACCUCAGAGGUUUGUAAGUGAAUGUAAUUUUCUCUUUCACAUCUUUCUUUAUUGAUUUUGGAAAAAACAUGUACACAAAGUCUACACUACUGUAUGCUAAGGUUGGUUGGAGAUUUUUUCAUGUCAGGCAAAACUGUUAUUUUGUCUCCAUUUCUAUUGUAUUGUUCUACAAUAAUUUCUUUUGCAUCUUAAAAUUACCUCUGGAAUAUGUUUAAUUGUAUUCUACUAUUAUUUGUUACAAAGUAGUGGUUAUUGUGUUGUGUAUAUUUAGAUCCAUUUGCUUAAUGAUUGAUCAGAUCUGUUUUUCUUGGCUGUCUUUUAAUGCCUUGUUAUUCCAUUGGCAUGUACCAUUUAUCUUUAUUAAAAAAUAAAAAAACAAAAUUUGCAUGACUUGAAUUAAAAAAAAAUUAUAGAUAAUGGCAGAUUUGAAUUUCUCC